GUUUGGAUUUAACUAUACGCUUCGUUUGAAAUUAUUAUAAAUGAAACAUAUCCAUUUGUACAUUAAAUAAUAAAUAUUUGUUUUUUUAUUAUAAAAUAUUUUUUAAUAAAUUAAAUAUAUAAUAGAUUUUCUAAAAAAGAAUAAAGAUAAUAAAUAAAAUAUGACAGAAAAAUUACGAAGAUAUGAGAAAAUUGAUUUUUUAGGGGAAGGACAGUUUGCAACUGUGUAUAAAGCUAAAGAUGUCGAAACAUCUAAGAUUGUUGCUGUGAAAAAGAUUAAAGUUGGAAGUCGUGCAGAAGCCAGAGAUGGUAUAAAUAGGACUGCAUUACGAGAAAUUAAAUUAUUACAAGAAUUAAAACAUGAUAAUGUGAUAGGUUUAUUAGAUGUUUUUGGUCACAAGUCAAAUGUUUCUUUAGUAUUUGACUUUAUGGAUACAGAUUUAGAAAUAAUAAUAAAAGAUAACAACAUAGUAUUAACAGCUGCAAACAUUAAAGCAUAUAUGAUUCAAACUUUACAAGGUUUAGAUUAUUUACAUUAUAAUUGGAUACUUCAUAGGGAUUUAAAACCAAACAAUUUACUUGUUAAUGCUGAGGGUGUUUUAAAAAUUGGUGAUUUUGGUUUGGCUAAAUUUUUUGGUUCACCUAAUCGAAUAAAUACUCAUCAAGUAGUAACAAGAUGGUAUAGAGCACCUGAAUUAUUAUAUGGUGCAAGAUUAUAUGGAACUGGAAUUGAUAUGUGGGCAGUUGGUUGUAUAUUAGCAGAACUUUUAUUACGUGUACCAUUUUUACCUGGAGAAUCAGAUUUGGAUCAACUUACUAGAAUAUUUCAAACGUUAGGAACUCCCACUGAAGAAACAUGGCCAGGAAUGACUGAAUUACCAGAUUUUAUUCAAUUUAAACCUUUUCCUGGUACACCAUUAAAACAUAUAUUUACUGCAGCUGGUGAUGAUCUUUUAGAUUUAAUUGCUAGUUUGUUAAAUGUAAAUCCUUUGGAAAGGUGUACAUGUGAUCAAGCUCUCCAAAUGCCAUACUUUAGCAAUAAGCCAGCACCAACUCCUGGACUUAGAUUACCUCUUCCUACAUCUGUAAAACGUCAACCUGAAGAAAAACCUAGUCUAAAAAGAAAAUUAUUAGAAUCAAUGGAUGGUGCUUCGCUUGCAAAAAGAUUACAAUUUUAAUUAUAAAUUUAACUAGAAUAGUAUAAAUUUUUAUAAAAAAUAACUUGUUGUUAUUGUUUUUCUUAUUAAUUUUAGAAUGAAUUAUUAAUAUUAUAUGAUAAUUUAACAUUAAAUGAAACAAAGAAAUAUACAUUAAUUUAAUUUAUGUAAAUGCAUAUAUAAGUAAACUCAAAUCAUAAGAUAUAUUAAGUAGAUAUUUACAGUGUAUUAUUGUUAUAAUAUGCGAUAUAUAAUUAAUAAUAAUUUUGUUACAAAAUCAUAUAUAUAAUUAAAAUCAAAUAAUUUUAUAAACAUUAAUUUUAUAUAUUAAAAAUUUAUAUUACAUGUAUCGAAAUAUAUUGCUUGUAUAAAAAAUUAAAAUAAAAUGGAAAUGUUAUAGGUUCAAAUAAUAAUACAUAUAUUUGAAAAAUACAACAUUAUGCUGCAUUAUUUUUAUUAACUUAAAAACUAGUAAGAAAUGUUUGAUACGUGAACAAUUUCGUAACUUGUGAGUCAAUUUUAAUAGCAUAAAGAAAUAAUUUGUUGAUAAAUAAAAAUCAUAUUUCGCAGCGUUCUCUAUAGCAAGAUUAAUUAUUUCUGUUUCAUAAGUACAAACAUUAGAUUUUACCAGAUCUUUUUCUAUUUGUUUAUAUUUUUAU